AGGGUAUUCACGGAGGGCGACUGUCUGCUUGUCCAAACCGAACACGGUAGAUUCUUUUCUUUCAGCCAUUAGCUCGGAGUCAGGAAGACAAGCACACCAACCGCGACCGCGGUGGCCGGUGCGACUCCUCUUCCUCAGGCUUCGAAGGAGACGAUGGCGAAGGAGAGCGGCCAUCUAACGAUGGUUGCGGCCUCCAAUCAGCAGCAGCAGCGGAGGAGAUGGCCCAGCCUGAUGCCGCUCCUGGCGGCUCUGGUCGUCUUCGCCGAGAUCGCCUUCUUGGGCCGCCUCGACAUGGCUGAGAAGGCCGCCUCCGUGGUCGAGCAGUGGUCCACCCCCUUAUAUUCUUCUUCUUCUUCUUCUUCUUCUUCUUCGGCUUCUUGGACUCUGAAGGGGCUCGAUGAGGACGAGGAUCGGGGCGACACUCGGAAUUGCGAGGAGUGGUUGGAGAGGGAGGACGCCGUGCCCUACUCCCGCGAUUUCGGAAAGGAUCCGAUCUUGGUUCACGGCAUGCAAAAGGAUUGGAGUUCUUGUCCCAUGGACUGUAAAUUUGGAUUUGCAAAUGACAAGGUACCUGAUGCUGCAUUUGGGCUACCACAAAAUCCAGCAGUAGCUGGUAUCUUACGGUCAAUGGAAUCCGCACACUAUUAUCCAGAAAAUGACAUUGAUACAGCACGACGGAGAGGGUAUAAAGUUGUAAUGACGACCAGCCUUUCCUCAGAUGUACCAGUUGGUUAUUUCUCAUGGGCCGAGUAUGACAUAAUGACUCCUAUGCAGCCAAAAACUGAAGAAGCACUUGCAGCUGCUUUCAUUUCCAAUUGUGGGGCUCGAAAUUUUCGUUUGCAGGCCCUUACUAUGCUGGAAGAGUCAGGCAUUAAGAUAGAUUCUUAUGGUAGUUGUCACCGUAAUCGAGAUGGUAAUGUGGAGAAAGUAGAAACUUUAAAACGCUAUAAAUUUAGCUUGGCUUUUGAGAAUUCUAAUGAGGAGGACUAUGUCACAGAAAAAUUCUUUCAGUCACUUGUUGCAGGAACUGUUCCUGUUGUCAUUGGUGCUCCAAAUAUCCAAGACUUUGCACCUUCUCCUGAUUCUAUUUUGCAUAUUAAAGAGAUUAGUGAUAUUGAUUCAGUUGCCAAAAGCAUUAGGUACCUUGCAACAAAUUCUGAUGCUUAUAAUCAUGCACUGAGGUGGAAGCAUGAGGGUCCAUCUGAUUCAUUCAAGGCCCUUGUGGACAUGGCAGCUGUACAUUCAUCCUGUCGGCUCUGCAUACAUCUAGCAACAAAGAUCCAAGAGAUUGAGGAAAAGAGUGCUGCGUUCCAGAAUCGCUCCUGCAGUUGCACCCGCAAUAUGGGAACAGUAUACCACCUGUUCGUCAGAGAAAGAGGUCGAUUCAAGAUGGAGAGCAUCUACCUGAGAUCUGGGAAGUUGACUUUAAAAGCUUUAGAAUCUGCAAUUCUAGCCAAGUUCAGAUCAUUGAACCACACACCCAUUUGGAAGAACGAAAGGCCAACAAUUCUAAGAGGGGGAAAUGACUUGAAAAUACAUCGAAUAUACCCAGUUGGCAUCACUCAGAGAGAAGCACUGUACACCUUCAGAUUUAAUAACGAUGCUGAACUCGAGAAGCAUAUCAAGAGCAACCCUUGUGCGAAGCUCGAAGUUAUUUUUGUGUAGCACGACCGCCUUAAAAUUAAUUAGCAAUUUCCAACACAUCUCAAGUUUCAAGUUCUGAUGCAAAUUAUCUCAUGGCGCCUUGGUAUGUUGCAACAGAAGCAGCACACGGAGAUCGACAUCCAGAUAUUGUAGAAUAUGUACGUGCUUAAUUUAAGGUGAUGAUUUUUAGUUGACUUGAUUGCAAAAAAGUAGCAUACAAAGGUUCCUAAUUCAUACACAAGUGCUAAGAGUAAUGGUGUGCUAACAACUCUCUCAUUUCCUUCUUGUUCAUGACCUUCUGAGGAUCCCUUAAUGCCUCAACUAUGGUUCGACUGAGCAACCUUGGCGCCUGAGAGCUCCCUUUAAAGUGAUGUUGAUGAUAGAAUUAACCUUUACUUUCAUGAUUAAAUUAUUGGACUUCUGCUA